AUGACGGGUGAAAAGCUGAAUCCCGCGACCUUUGAUCGUACUGAUUUGACGGAUCGGCAUGAAGGCCCCCUGGUCCUGCCGCACGACGUCCUCUUCCACCGACUACAUUUCCUUGCCUUGAAUAGCAAGACGUCCGCCGUGAAAGACGCCUUCCGCGAGUUGGAUAUGGACUACCAACAACUGCUGACUGACGUGAUCGCCGCUCGAAAUCGGAUCCGCUCCACGAUUGCGCCAAAGACGCUUCAAUCGAUAUACGACAAGCGGGAGACUUCUUUCAUUGUGAUCGCACAUGGCUAUGAGUUCGUCGUGGCAUUCCUUGCCGUCCUAGCAUUGGGUGGCAUUGCAGUACCCACAAGUAUUCAUAUCACAAAGGAAGAGCUCAAUCAUAUGUUGCGGACGUCAAGAGCCUCGGCGACCAUCUGUUCAUCAAAUUGUUUGGACCAGGCAAGGUCCGCUUUGCCUGCUAAGGCCAUGGAAGAGGAAUAUGUUUUGGUAUCUAUGAAUGGCUUGAUUAGGCACACGUCGAUCGAUCCACGUAAAGUGACAUUUUCAUCAGGGAAAACGCCAGAUGCGAACAAGCCUGGGCUGAUUAUCUUUACAUCUGGUUCCACAGGUCCCCCAAAGGGAGCUGCACUGCGACGGUAUAAUUUAUUUGUGCUUUCAAUCCUGCACUGCUGGAGUAAGAACAUCCAGCCAGGUUAUGUGGCAUUAAACAUGCUUCCUACGCAUCAUGCCACCGGAUUGCUUGUCAAUACCCUUCCGGUCCUGGUUGGUGGAGGCUGUGUCGAGUUCACCCACCCCAAGUUCGACGCUGCCAGGAUCUGGGACAGAAUUCGGCUCGGAGGCAUUAAUAUGCUUUCAGCAGUCCCAACAAUCUACGUUCGUCUCCUGCAGCAUUGGGAGACGGUGUUACAGAAACUCGAACCCGAGAUGAGAGAGUCAUAUCAGGCUGCGAUUUCGAGUAUCGAGCAGUUCCACUGUGGUUCCGCGGCUCUACAAGUGCAUAUCUCUGAGAAGUGGACCAAACUGUGCAGAGGUCGGCAGAUUGCUGAGAGAUAUGGCGGCACAGAGUUUGGAAAUCCAUUUGCACAUGAAUCUACAAGUUCAGUGAUCACAGGCUCCGUAGGAGCACAAAACCCGGGCAUCGAAUCCUUCCUCAAGCACGGAGACGAGGGAGAGGUUUUUGUGAGAUCUCCGUUUUUGUUCUGCAAGUCGGUUGUUCCAUGGAGCUUGGAUGACAAUAGCGAUGCUAAUCUACAAAGAUAUGUGUAUGAUAUCGAAGCUACAGAAAAUGCACUUACAAAGGAUGGCUUCUUCAAAACUGGCGAUGUUGCCGAGAAGCACGGUCAGAAUUACUAUAUUAAAGGCAGAAAAUCUAUCGACAUUCUCAAAUCUGGAGGUUACAAGAUAUCAGCACUUGACGUCGAACGGCAGAUUCUGGAGCAUCCAAAGAUUGCAGAGGCGAUUGUCGUGGGAGUGAAUGACGCCGAGUACGGCCAACGCAUUGCUGCAGCGGUUGUGCUAAAUGAGGGAGUAGAACCUCUUACCUUGAUUGAAUUGCGUUCGGAUUUGAGAGGCAAGCUUUCUACAUAUAAAUUGCCAACACUACUGCGGGUAGUGCCACAGUUACAAAAAACGGCAAGUAUGAAAGUUCCAAAGCUGCUAGUGAAGAAAGAGUUGUUUGGAAAUAUGGAUUGUCCCGAGAUCCAGAAGUGGACGCCGACCCGUUCGAAGCUUUGA